AUGUCACUCAAUAGGGGCACAUUUCCACCCCAUCAACAACCUUCGGGGGUUCUUGCCAUCCAGCCUUCGUCAGAAGAUCAUGAGAUUGUUUCAAUGGAAGUCGGUGAUCAGUUUCCUGAUAGUGAACAUUUUAAGGAUGCACUUAGAAAUUUUGCUAUCAAACGCAAUUUUAACUUUACAUUCAUCAAGAAUGACAAACAGAGAGUGACUGUCAAGUGCGCUGCUAAAUGUUGUGAAUGGCGUGUCCAUGCGUCCAUGGAAGGUAACCACGAGAUGUUUAGGAUCAAGACGAUGUAUCCCACACACACAUGUGGUGGCGGUAUUGGCAAAUCCUCACAUCCCAAGGCAUCAAAAAAAUGGGUGAGUGCACGUGUUAUACAAAAGCUGAAGGACAGUCCCCUAUAUAGGGCUAUUGACAUUCAGCGUGAUAUGUUGCGAGACCACGGUGUCUAUUUAUCCUAUAAACAAGCUUGGCUAGGGAAAGAGGUCACGAAGGAGGUUCUCCAUGGGAGUGAGGUGGCGAGCUAUGAUUUAUUGAUGUGGUACGCGAAGAAGGUAUUAGUAACAAACCCUGGUAGCGUUGCUAUAGUAGAGAAUGAUGGUUCCCGUUUCAAACGUGCAUUUUUUGCCUUCAAAGCAUGUGUCAUUGGUUUCAAGACCGGAUGUAGGCCAUUGCUGUACCUGGAUGGAACUCACUUGCUCGGUAAGUACCGGGGGAGGGGGGGCACUUUGUUAGGUGCAACGGGAAAAGAUGGGAACGAUGGUUUCUUUCAUGUAGCAUUUGCAAUUGUAGAUAAUGAAACGGAUGCGAACUGGACGUGGUUCUUGUCAAAGAUUGGAGAUACUAUAUACGAUGAUGACGAAUAUGUGAAAAUUAUUACAUUUAUAUCUGAUAGGUCCAAGGGCCUUAUCAAUCUUUGUCGCUGA